AUGAUUAACAAUAAUUCAACAACAACAAAAAAUACAAAUAAUAAUAUAGAUAAUAAUGAUACUCAAAGUAGUACAACAAUGAAUUUUGAUUCGGAUAUAAUACUAGAAGAAGAAGAAGAACUUGAUGAAUCAGUUAAUAAAAAACAACAUCAAAAAUCAAUUGACCCAACCCAAGAUUUAAAUACUUCAAUUGCCGCCACAAAUGGUACUAUGACUACUGAUGCGAUUGAUUUAGAUUCCGACUCGGAAAUGAAUAAAAAGCAACAGAAUAUAUUGGAGACACCAACUGAAAUUAUUGACAUGACAGCAGAAGAAGAAGACGAAGAAGAAGAAGAAGAAGAAGAAGAAGAAAUAGAUGAAGAAGAAGAAGAAAUAGAUGAAGAAGAGGAAGAAGAAUCUUCUGAUGAUGAAUUAGAAGAUGUCAUCGCUGUCAAUGAUCAUAAACAACAUCAACCACACAGUUCCAAGCGUUAUCCAUUAGCUACUGAAUUUGAAGCAUUAGCAAAUAAAUUAAUGAAACCAAUACCUGAUUAUCCAAUUAAAGAACAAACUCAUUAUGUGUGGGAGAUUGAAGACUGGGCAAAAGCAUUGAAAGAAGAAAAACUAAGAUCACCAACUUUUAAAUGUGGUGGUUUUGAAUGGAAUAUUUUAUUAUUCCCUAGAGGAAAUAAUCAAAAUGGAAUGUUAUCAAUAUAUAUGGAACCACAUCCACCAGACGAAUUAAAGGUUGAUGAUGAUUGGUAUGUUUGUGCACAAUUUGGUUUAGAUUUAUGGAAUCCAUUAUAUCCAGAUGCUCAUUAUCCAACUAAUAGUUUUCGUAGAUUCAGUAAAGCAGAAACUGAUUGGGGUUUUAGUAGUUUAUUGGAUGUAAAACAGUUACAAUCAUCGGUUUUAAAUAAUAGAAAUAAUCAAAUUCGAUUUAGUAAUACGAAUCAACAAUCGUCACCACAUGCAAUUUUAGAAAAUAAUAAAUUAAAUAUAACUGCUUUUGUUAAAGUUAUUGAUGAUUCACAAACUGGUGUAUUAUGGCAUCAAUUGGUUGAUUAUGAUUCUAAGAAAAAUUCUGGUUAUGUUGGGUUAAAUAAUCAAGGUGCAACAUGCUACUUAAAUUCAUUAUUACAAUCUUAUUUCACAACUAAAUUAUUUAGACAAUUAGUUUAUCAAAUUCCAACAGAGGAGUUAAAUAAGAAAAGUUCAACCUCGGUACCAUUAUCAUUACAAAGAAUUUUUUAUUUACUAACAAACUCAAAUGAUCCUGUGGGUACAUUGGAAUUGACAAAAGCUUUUGGGUGGGAUUCUUCAGAUGCAUUUACACAACAUGACGUUCAAGAAUUAAACAGAAUACUAAUGGAUAAAUUAGAAACAGCAAUGAAAGGUACUAAAAUCGAAAAUAAAUUAAAUGAUAUCUUUGUUGGUAAAAUGAAAUCUUAUAUAAAAUGUGUUAAUGUACCUUACGAAUCAUCAAGGGUUGAGGAUUUUUGGGAUAUACAAUUAAAUGUAAAAGGUUUCAAAAAUCUUGAAGAGUCGUUCAAUAAUUAUAUUGAAAUUGAAAUGUUGGAUGGUGAAAAUAAAUAUCAAGCUGGUGAAGAUUAUGGAUAUCAAGAUGCAAAAAAAGGGGUUGUUUUUGAAUCAUUUCCACCUGUUUUACAUUUACAAUUGAAAAGAUUUGAGUAUGAUUUUAUGGUUGAUGAUUUAGUUAAAAUUGAUGAUUUUUAUGAAUUUCCAGAUAAAAUAGAUUUAAAACCUUAUUUAAAUGAUGAUUUACCAGAUGAAGUAAAAAAUCAAAAUUGGAAUUAUAAAUUGCAUGGUGUUUUGGUUCAUCAAGGUACUAUUUCCAAUGGUCAUUAUUAUGCAAUGAUUAAACCAGCAGCUCAAAAUGAUACUUGGUUAAGAUUUGAUGAUGAUAAAGUUUGGAAAGUUACUCCUCAAGAAGUUUUCAAAGAUAAUUUUGGUGCUAUUAAUUUAACUCAAGAUCAAUUGAAUCAAAUGACAAGAAAUGAACAACAAGAUCAUUUUAUGAGAAGAGUUACAUCUGCAUACAUGUUGGUUUAUUAUAGAGAAACAGAAUUGAAGAGGAUUUUACCUGAUAAUGAUGAAGUUUUAAAUUCAUAUAUUCCGAAACAUAUACCAUUACAAAUACAACAAGAAAUUGAAGAACGUGAAAGAAUUGAAAAGGCAAGACAAGAAGCGUUAUAUUAUACAUAUGCUAAAAUUAUAACAAUUUCAAAUUUUAAUAAUCAUUCAGAGUUUGACUAUGCAUUAGAUUCAACAAGUGAUAAACUUUAUGUUGAAGAUUUGAAAGGUUCAAAUGUUGAUCCAACAAUGAUUAAAAUAAAGAAGGAUGCAAAUUUUAUGGAGCUAAAAUCAAAAGUUGCAGAAGAAUUAGGAUACCAGGAUAAUUUGAAUGGGUUUAGAUUAGUUCCAGUUGUUCACAGAUCAAAUUCAUCAAAUAGAUUAGAUUAUCCAUUAUCAGAAGAAAAGUUACUGAAAUUGACAAUUCAAAAUGUUUAUUCAAAAUUAUUUAAUAGGAGAUAUGAUGAAUUAGUGUUUUUUGUUGAAGAGUUAAAUAAAGAUAUGAAAAAUUUGAAUGAUACAGUCAAAUCUAAAGAUCAAGGAAACGAGAUAAUUUUACCACAAGAUUUCAAAUUUGAAAAAGUUAUAGAUAAGGUGAAUUCAGUUGGUGCUGAUCCGGUAAUAGUUUCAAGUGAACAAGAAGAAACUCCAUUUUUUGAAAGUAUAAAUGAGUACUCACAAGUUAUGACUAUAUUUAUCAAAUAUUUUGAUCCAAUUUCACAACAGAUUAGAGGAUUAUCACAUAUUACAAUUUCAAGAAAUGCCACCGUGGGUUCAUUAAAAGAUACCUUAAUUGACUUUUUACAAUUUCCAACAGAUACAAGAUUUGACUUUUUUGAAGAAGUUAGUAUAAGAAUAAUUGAGUUAAUUGAUCAAUCAAAAACUUUUGAUAAAGCAGAGAUAAAUCAAGGUGAUAUUAUUGUUGUUCAAGUCAAAGAUCCAUCAUUAUAUCAAGAUAAGAAGUUUCGUUCAAUCAAAGAUUAUUAUAGGUUUUUGGUAACUCGAAUUCACAUAAGGGUAAAAUCAUGUAAAUUGGAAUUAGACGAAGAAGAUUCAGAUGUAGUUGAAAGAGAAAAAGAGGAUGGUGAAGGUGAAAUUCUUGAAACUUCAGAGUUUAAGGAAAUCGAAGCUGCUAAGUCUAUAAGUAAAAGUUUUGAUUUAUGGAUUUCAUCGUUAUAUUCAUAUCAAACAUUUGCAAAAGCAAUUGCAGAAAAAUUAAAAUGUGAUUGGGAAUAUCUAAGAUUAUUCAUUUUAACUGGUCAAGGCCAUAGAUAUCCAUUAAAAACAACAAGUAAUUUAUCACAAUUAUUUCCAAAACAAGUUUCAGUAUCACAAGUUAUUGAUUUCGAAUAUGAAAUUUUAAAUAUUAAAUUCAAAGAUUAUGAAAAUUUGAAAUCUAUAAAGAUUCACUGGUUGAAUCAUACUUUAUUACAAUAUCAAAUUUACGAAUUAUUGGUUCCAAGAUUAGGCACAGUUGGCGAUAUAAUAAAAAAAUUAUUGAAUAAGUUGGCUGACUCUUCAACAGCUCCAAAAAAGCAACAAUUGAAACACUUAUUACUUUGGGCUGGUUAUAAUCAUACUUUUAAUGAGAUAUUAAGAUUUGAUGCACCAAUCUCAGGAUUUUUAGAUGAUACAGAGAUAUAUUGUGGUAUAUUCCCAGCAGAAGUUCAUACUUUAAGUGAGCAUGAUAUUAUGAAGAGGUAUGAAAUAGACGAACCUAAAUCAAAUGAUGGUGAGGAUCCAUCAUUAGUUGAUUUACCAGAUUUUAUUAAACUAGAAUACAAGAUGGCAAAAGAAAAUAGUAAGAAUUUAAAUUUGAUUCCAGGUUUCCAUUUUUAUAAAAAUUCAAAUUAUCAUCAUGGAGUACCUUUCCUAUUUUUAGUUUUUCAAAAUGAAUUAAUCAAAGAAACAAAGGAAAGGUUAAGAUUAAAAUUGGGUUUAGGUAAACAAGCGUUUGAAAAGGUAAGACUUGCAAUUGCUGAUAGUAAUGAUAAAGGAGUUUACUUAGAUGAUUCAAAUGAUUCACUUAAUUUAUAUACUGAAAUUGGAGCAAGAAGAAUGAACUUGGCAUUGGAUCAUCCAGAUAGAAGUCCAAAACGUCAAAAUCAAAUUGAUAAAGGAAUAUCAAUUAGAUAA